GGAUGGACACCAACCUUAUCUUUAUGUAUAAGGAUUUUUUGUAUAUUUCAGGUCCACAAAAUGGAGGGAGGGGAGGGGUUACAAACAAAAAAAAUAAAGUACAAACUCAGUUCUUCUCAAAAUCAGCACCCAAUCCGAAUAUUUGUCACGAGGUUUGGAUACUUGAAAUCUAAAAUCAGCAGUAAAACUACUAGCCCCAACAGCAAGUAAAGCCAUAUCUCUAAUUCUUGUCCAAGCUAUCUAAAUUAAUUUUAAAAUAUCAGAAGAAGAAAAAAAACUUUUAAAUUAUUUUCUUCUUUAUUUUCUUUAAAUAAACGGGGACAGUGAAAGUAAGCAGGCAUUCCUUCAAUUACUGAAAUUAUUUGAGAUUUUUUAUUUUUAUUUUGUUGAUUAUUAGUAAAUGUUUGUUCAAGACGAAGACAUUCAGAAAUUGACAAUUGAUGAUUAAUUGUUGUUGAUGAUGAUGAAGAAGAAGAGAUAUUUACUUAAAAAGUAAUUUGAAUCGGAGAGAAAGGUAUGUAAAAGUUAGCCACAGUCAACCAGAAAUAGAUCCUAGCAGUUCGCGUCAAAUCCGUUAUGUAUAUCACAUUAUCCUCAAUCUUGUAAAAAUCCCCUGAUAUUCUUCCAAAUCCUAUGAUAUCCUACAAAAGCCUUUUGAGACUGUGUGAGUAGGGUUGGCGGCUCCGCAUAUACGGAACAUUUCCUCAUUAGAAUGCUGGACGGAGGAGCUAGCUCCGGAGUCGGCUCCGGCGGAUUCGGAGCCGGGGCUAAGAUUUUGAAAACUCCAGGCCGGAGCCGACAAAGGCCCAAUACCCAACACUAUUGCUAAUGGUGCUGGAUUUUUUGAUGGUGGAUUUCUUCUUGGAUUGGAUUGGAUUGUUGGAUUAUUGGAUUCUUGGAUCUACGAUGGUGCUGGAUUUCUUCAAAUUUUUAGCGCCUCAGUCGGACAUUGUUUUAUUAUUUAAAUUUAAAAAUUUAUUUAUUUCUUUCUUUCUCUCAUUU